CAGUGCGCAUAAUAUACUUACAUUUAAAACAUUUAUUCUAUCAACAUAUUUCGCAUAAUGACGAUCCUGCAACUGUCACUUUUCAGACGCGUUUCUUGUAUCCUGAAUCAGUGCAUCAAAGAAUGCAUUGUCAAUGUAUCGCCAAAAAAUCAUUGGAGAAAAUUUAAUAAAUAUCGGUACUACGCAACUGCAGUCAACUUAAAAGUCGAUGCACAGAAUGUAGUGAGCAGUGGACUACCUGACAUAAGCGGCUUUGAGAAUAUUCACUUGCACGAUUUCAUCUGGGAAAAAGUCGGAAGAUGGUCAAAUCAUAUUGCUUUGGUAUGCGCAAAUACUGGUAGAUCAUAUACGUACGGUCAAUUGAGAAAAGCAUGCAGCAAACUAGCAACGAGUUUAAGAAAAAGCAAGCUCUUACCGGGAGAUACUAUUGCUAUCAUUUUACCAAAUAUUCCAGAAUUCGCCAUUAUCGCAUUAGCAGCAAAUGAAGCCGGUUUACGUACAACUCUGAUUAAUCCUGUACAUACAAUAUAUGAGAUAAAAAGACAAUUAGAAAACGCGGACACUCAAGCUAUUUUUACAUUUCCGGCAAAACAUAUUGAUAUUAAAGCAAGUAUUGAGAAAAAUUCGAAGAUAAAAUUACCAAUCAUCAUCGUAAACGAUAGGACUAAUGCUAGCUCAAUCUCAGGGACGAUUCAAUUAAAUGAUCUUAUGCGUGACGACAUCGAAGAUUUUUCAAUUAAUCAAAAAACUGGAAUAAGUUGCGAAGAUACAGUAUUUUUGCCUUAUUCCAGUGGCACGACUGGUUUGCCGAAAGGCGUUGAGUCGUCUCAUAGGAACAUUGUUGUAAAUAUACUUCAAGGUACGGAUCCAACAAUUUUUCCAGGAAUAGAAGCGAGUGAACAUCAUCAGGAUAUUGUACCACUAAUAUUACCAAUGUAUCACUAUUAUGGAUUAUUAGUUAUCCUGUAUUCUUACUUGCGAAUAGGUGCUAAAUUGGUGUGUCUACCACAAUUCUCAACGGAAGAAUUUAUAAAACUGUUUGAAAAUCAUCGAUUCACAAUAUUGCAUAUAGUACCACCUAUCGUUCAGAUGAUGAUAUACAAUGAGCGAAUUACAUCCCGUCAUAUUGAAUCUGUAAGAUUAACAUUAACAGGAGCUGCACCGCUCGGAGAAAAACUUACCACAAAAUUUCAAAAUCGUUUCACUAAUGACAUGACUUUUGUCCAAGGAUACGGCACGACGGAGUUAUCUCCGCUUGUUACACUCGGUUCCAUAAAUACACGUAAAUCGACGUUAUCCUGUGGUUAUUUGAUUUCAAAUACACAAAUGAGGAUUGUAAGCAAACAAGAUGACACUCUCGGCAGAAAUUUAGGUCCGCAUGAAAUAGGAGAAAUAUAUGUACGGGGCCCACAAGUAAUGAAAGGGUAUUACAAAAAUCCCAAGGCAACAGCAGAUACUAUGGAUGGAGAUUGGUACAAGACUGGUGAUUUAGGGUAUUAUACUGAAAAUGGUGUAUUGUAUGUGGAAGGACGAACGAAGGAAUUAAUAAAAGUAAAAGGACAUCAAGUUGCACCCACUGAACUGGAAGAAGUAAUUCGUCAUUACGAUAAUAUAGAAGACGUCGCCGUCAUUGGCGUGACACACGAGAAUUAUGGCGAAAUUCCAAAAGCUUUUGUAGUUCCUAAGUCGGGAGUCAAAAUUAAUGAGAACAAACUCAAAGAAUUUGUCGCUAAACGUGUAGCCAAAUACAAACAAUUAGGAUAUGUACAAGUUAUAGAGAGUAUUCCGAAAUCUACAGCUGGAAAAAUUCUUCGAAAAGAACUUGAAAAUCUAUAACAUAUUCUUCAAAUAUCGAGUUUUAUACUCGAAUUGAUGUCAAGAAAUUUACAACUAAACAUGGAUUUAUACAUGCAUUA